GGACGUCCCGCUCUAAGGAAAUUGUUGCUUGUAUGACCAAUUGCAAUCGACAUUAACGGAAUUGUUAACGUCAUGAACAACGAAUGUUGGCGUCACUGAUUUUUUUGACGACCACUUUCUUUUUAGGUGCUCUCUUUUGACAAGAAGGUACCAUCUGUGAUAUUAGAAAGCAAAAUCUGAAUAAUCCAAGAAAAUGAGGAUUUAUAAAGAUAUUUUUACCGGAGACGAAAUGUUCUCAGAUACCUACAAAAUGAAAUUAGUAGACGAAGUUCUAUACGAGGUAUAUGGAAAAUUAAUUCAACGUAAACACGGAGACGUCCAAAUAGAUGGAGCCAAUCCAUCAGCUGAAGAAGCCGAUGAAGGUACAGACGAAGCUGUUGAAUCUGGAGUAGAUAUUGUACUCAAUCACAGGUUGUGCGAAACAUAUGCUUUCGGCGACAAAAAGUCUUACACAGCAUAUCUUAAAGACUAUAUGAAAAAAUUAGUAUCCAAGUUGGAAGAAAAAGCACCAGAUCAAGUAGAUGUAUUCAAAACUAAUAUGAAUAAAGUAAUGAAAGACAUCUUAGGAAGGUUUAAAGAACUUCAAUUUUUCACUGGAGAAUCUAUGGAGAUUGAUGGUAUGGUAGGUUUAAUGGAAUAUAGAGAAAUCGAUGGAAACUCUGUGCCUGUAAUGAUGUUCUUCAAACAUGGCUUGGAAGAAGAGAAAUUUUAGAGUCAUUUUAAAUUAUUGCUAUAUUGUUUAUUUAAUUUAUACUCAAAUUUUUUAAACCUAAUUGGAUUGUAACAGCCGAUAAUCUCCUGCA